AAUAAUUAUAAGAAAAAAUUUACUUUUUAAUUAUUUUGAAAAAAAAAUAUCAAAUCCCAUAAACCACAAUCAUAAAGAAAAUUUGAUAACCUCAGAGAUACCGUUUUCCUUUUGUAGCAGAAAAUGAAUUCACCGGCAAUGACCUCCCAAUCUUCCACCUUCGCCGUCUCCGUUUCUUCUAUCGCAUCCCCUCUCCGCCGCCGCCGCAACUUCCCCGUCGUACGCGCUCAAGUGGAACCAUCUGAUAAAUCAAUUGAAAUUAUGAGGAAGUUCUCAGAGCAAUAUGCCCGUAAAUCAGGAACAUACUUUUGUGUUGACAAAGGAGUAACUUCUGUUGUUAUUAAGGGUUUGGCUGACCAUAAAGAUUCAUUGGGUGCACCACUCUGCCCUUGCCGGCAUUACGACGAUAAAGCUGCUGAGGCUGCGCAUGGAUUUUGGAAUUGCCCGUGCGUCCCCAUGAGAGAAAGGAAAGAGUGCCAUUGCAUGCUUUUUCUCACUCCUGAUAACGAUUUUGCCGGUGAUGAACAGACUAUCACCUUGGAUGAAAUUAAAGAAUCAACAUCAAAUAUGUAACACAGAUUAUUGUGUAUUAAUGUAUUUGUGUUAGUUGUUUCAAUCUGUAACAUUUGAAAAACAAGGGAAGAGUGUAACAUUAUAUGUAGGUAAUAUAUUUCUACCAAAAAUCAUAUGUAAUUUUUUUUCUUCCAUUUGUGCUCUUUAUAAGUGGCCUAACCCAUACUUUGUCACAAA